GUGAACCCAAAGAGCAUUGCCGGAAAAGCUGGCCUACAGAAUGGCGACGCCAUCUUGCAGAUCUGCGGAACCAACGUCACUGGAUUCUCCCACCAGGAGGCCAAGAGCGAGAUGAUGAGGGCGGGCAAUGAUGUGGACUUGUAUGUGGCUAGAGGGGUAGUGAACACUCAGGACCCUGCCAUUCGGGCCGCCUUCGGUGGAGGCCAGAGCGCCAGCAAGCGGGUGGAGCUCGACGAAGGCAGCAUCGACCCCCACAUGAACGAAGGGUCAAAGUUCAGGAACGUCACACCCAAAACGUACAAAAUCCUGGAGGCCCAGCUGGGCUCCUCUGAGCCGCCCAAGUCGGCACUGUCCAAGCAGCCUGCUCAGCAGAUGCAGCCCGUGCGGGCACAGCAGGCUGCUGGAGGCAAGCCAUCGUCCAUCUUCGACAGGAACAAGCAGGAGAGAUCAGAUUAUCUCCAGGCUCAAGGACAGACGAUCCAGAAGACAUUCGGAGAGCAAUAACUUCCGGUCUUCUUUCGGGCAUUAACUCUUACUUCUUCACACACUCACGCGACACCAAAAUAAACGUCUCGUUGUGUUCGUCUUCCAUACAUGGGGAAUUUGCUAGAACUUUGGGCUGGUCCAACGCUUUUCACUUUAUUCUGAAUUUUAUGCAACAAGAAGGAAUACCAUUACAUAUUAUUUUCCUUAAGGAUUUUCUUCCUUAAUUGACUGUUUAUUGGUCUUAUGGAUGGGUUACUGUAUAACAACUCUGAAUUAAAAUUGGUCUGCAGUGAAAGCGAUAGAAUCAAAGAAAAGCUUGUAACAAUCACCAUCUGAAUUCACAAACAGGAGGGUUCUAGAAGUACCUGUACCGGUAUUGUAUAUAAUAUAUUAAACGCGAUUCUCUGGUGGCGUUUCGUCUACUUGCGUGUUUGAUAUCACAAUAUUGUGCAGAAAAGAAACACUGCAGUGUCUUUGAGUAAUACAAAAAAAAGAAUAGCUUUGAUGAUAUUUUUCCCCAGAAGACUGUGUUAAGUACGCGUACAGGUAAUUCAUAUGAUUUUGAUUGGAUUAUAUUUAAAUUCCUUGAAAUGUGGUUACCUGGCUACAUUUUAUAUUAAUAACAGAAGAUAAAACACGCUAUGGUUAUUAAAAAAGUCUAGCCCAUUACAUAUUUAGGACUAGGAGAAUCGUAUGACACGUCCUCUUGAUUGUUGUGCAAGUCUUUCUGUUUCUUCUUUACUUUAUUUCACGGUGCCUAUACCCCAUGAGCAAACAUGUCCUUCAUGUAUGACCAGGGGCCUCAUUAUAUUCUUUGUUAUUUUGCUCCGUUUCUUCUGACUCUUUCUUCAAAUUUCACCGAAGGAAAGGUAUUGUUGUUUCAUGUUGCUUGCAACAUUUAGUGAUUUAGUAGUGCAAUAUUUCACGUCUUGGUGGGAUUGCGAUGGGUUUUGUAUGAACAUGUCGUUGUCACCCCCAGAACGUCUUGUAUAUUUUGUAAACCUUGCGAUCAUUUUCGACCUGUCCAACAGUCUUCUACUUCCACACAUCAUCUCGUUGUAGUUCUGUUUCCCGAGUUACCUUCCUACUUCAACUUUUAUUUAUUUUUCAUCACACUUUUUGAAUGCAAUAAUUUCGUUAUCUGUGCAGCUUAUGCUGUCCCCCACCCCUCUCCCAUUUUGUUGUUGUUUCUGUUUAGAUAUAACUUAAGCCCUACAUAUUUGAAUUUUUCCAAAUAUAUUCUUAUUCUUGUUGUUGAAUAUUCCCUACCCUUUUGCCUUUUAGGCUAAACAUUCUAUGUGAUAUCGAUAGGUUAAAAACCACGAAAAAAAAUCUUAUUAUUGUUAUUAUUAAGUGGUAUUCAUUCUUUAUUUAUUAUACCUCAUCACUCAUAGUACCUGCAACUCAGAUCCUUUUUCACUAUCUUACGCACAAUGACAAUCCAUGGGUGGUGGGAGGUGAAAAACACCCAAAAUACAAUACGUCAUUUACUUAUCAAAAACCCACCCUACGGCUCCAAAAAGAUGCUUGCUCUAAACAAUAUCAUCGAUAAUGAUUGUUCAAUAGAGCAACUUGCGACCCCAGAAUAACAAGAUUCUUUCUCAAUCAUACUCCGUUUGUACUAGUUCAAAGUUUUCUCUCAAUAUACAUUAUAUAAAUCGCCUAAAAAAUGAAGGACACAAUUUGCAUGGUUUUAUCUCAUCAAAUAAAAGAAAAGGAGAUCUAACUUCUACAUAAUAUAAUGGAGCGGGGAGUACAGAGGGAGGGCACAGAUACCCAAACUCCAAACACAAAAACAAUCCAAGUAAGAAACUUAUUAUCCUGGGAUCGGUAUGCGGCGUCUAAAGUGCGUCAUAAUGUUUGAACAGGAUAAUGACAUUGACAAAUCUGAUGAACAUCACUCCCAAUCUCUAUUUAUUUUUCUCUCAAUCCAUUUAUUCCAAUAUUUUUACCCACUUUCUUUAAGAUCUGAUAACGUGUUAUUCCAGUAUUGACAGCAUGCAACCAAUGACUACCCCCCCCCCCCGUUCCGUUUUUUUUCAGAUUUUACCCGUUUCCGAGUAUUAUGAAAUAUUGCUUUAUAUUUAUUUCACGUAAACAAAUUAAUCCACAGAGCCUGAAUAUCGUGUUUUUUCCCCAUCUUUUUUUUUUUACCACACUGCUCUGGUACAAAGUCAAGUGUCAGAAAUGUUUUGAUAUUCCCGCCCCCUUUCCACCCCUCCCUUUCCCCUUAACCAAAGAGUGUUCGAUCCUUGCCUUAGCCCCACAGGGACGAAGUGUCUGAGUGAGUGUCUCACAGGCACUCUGUUCCUCCUGGUCUCAGAGAUGUGUCACUGUCAGUAGUCAAGUAGUAGACCUACACGUAGAUGAUAUCACCAGGCUGUGCCUUUUGUUUCUUUUUUUAGUUUUUCAAAUUGAAGUCUCAAUUAUUUUGCCUGGUUUACGGCUAAAGAAAUCAUCAUGUGUGUGUGUGUGUGCGUGUGAAAAAAAUACGUUUUAGACAAACUGGUAAAUCAAACUAAAUACAGAGUACAAUAUCUUUCGUGGCCUUCCUACGCAAUACAGAAAAAACCCAAGAAACUAUAGCAAAAAAAUCAACAUAAUUUAUCGACCAACGGCAAGUUUGAAGUACAUGUAUGACUAAAUUAACGUUUUGCACAUACUCCAUUAUGACCGCGCCACUUCCUACCUACAGAGUUUUCAGGUGUUGUUUCUCUCUUUGGGGGAAACAUCUCUCUCGUCUCAAGACUUUCUGCUCGUUUAAUAUUAAAAUUAAUUUCUGAUAAUAAAAUUGAGUUGUUGGACUUAUGCCUUGCUACUUUGAAUAAACAUGGUUCAUGAGUGUC